UUUCCGUAUUGCAGCGUUUUGUGUUGAGACAGAGAGUAGGAGGACAGACGUGAACUCGAAGCCGAAGAAAAUCAUGCUGAAAGUUGUUGUAGCCGCACUGGUGCUUCUAAGCGCCAGCUGUCUUGCCAAAAAUGUAACGGACCCCAAAGUGCAGGUGUACAGCCGUAACCCUGGAGAGUAUGGGAAACCAAACGUGCUGAUCUGCUAUGUCAGUGGCUUCCACCCCCCAGACAUCACCAUUGAGCUCCUGAAGAACGGGCAGGAGAUCCCAGGCAGCCACCAGACCGAUCUGGCGUUCGAGCAGGGCUGGCAGUUCCACCUGACAAAGUUUGUCGAUUUCAACCCCCAGGUUGGAGAGGUGUACACCUGCAGAGUCCGUCAUAUGACCAACACAAAGUCCUACACAUGGGAACCUGACAUGUGAACAUACAACAGUUCCUGAAAACAACUCCUCUCCUAAACUCCACACCUGCUUUGAUUUCAUGAUGUAAUUUUGGGGUGUCCAGUCCUGCAGAGUUCAGCUCCAACCUGCUCCGACACACCAGUUUGUAGUUCUUCUAAGACCUUGAUUUUAGCAUUUUAGCAGGUUCAGAUGUGUUUAAUUGGAGCUAAACUCUGCAGGACAGUCAUAGCAGUACAUCCACCCUUCAUGUUUAGGACAGUGUCUGAUCCUGCAUUUGGAUCUCCAGCACUAAUGAAACACUCUGAACCGGAGUGAAUCGGACACCCCCGCUUUAGGAUAUGCUGCCUGUGUUGCUUAGACUGCAAUAUGUUUUCUCAUACAUAAUAAAUUCAGAUAACUUUGUAUCUACUUUAAUUUCUGUUAGUGUGUAAUUUGACAUAGCAAGCAGUGUAAUUGAUGAAAAACUUUAACUGUAUGCCUGCAGGAUAUAUAUAAGCAAUUUUCUUAAUCCCUGGGUGUGGAAUUUCUUGCCUUAAUUUAAUCUUUACAGCACGAGCACUUGCACAUAUUAAUGUCUUUUCUUUUAAAAUGUAUUUGAAAUUUAUUUGAAGAUUCAGGAGAGGUGAAUUUUUGAUUUAAGUGGCAUAAUUCUUGCAGUUUAAUAGCUUCCAGAAGACAAAGAUGUCCCCAUAAAUAAAUUAGAGGUUAAUUGUAAAAAUCAAUGUCAUUUAAUUACAAUGUCUUGUAAUUAAAUAUGAAAUAAAAACAAUAAAUUUUUUUUCUUAAUUACAUGUCUUCAUUCAACACAACUUUAAGGAAGUAAUUGUGAACCUCAUAUCUGUAAUUGUGUCUUGGUCUAGAUCUCAAAUUAAAUUCUAAUCCAGAAUUCUA